AUGUCGUCGACGGAUGCCGUGACCCAGGCCGACGCCUCCGCGGCGUCUAUGCAGGGCACGGAACCCCUUGCCUGCGUCUCGUGCCGGGCGAGGAAGCUCAAGUGUGAUCGAACGAAGCCUGCCUGUACUCGCUGCGUCAAAGUAAACAACGAAUGUUUGUAUCCCGAGUCACGGAGGAAACCAACUUUCAAGCGGCGCAAUGUCAAGGAGCUGGAAGCUCGAUUAGCUCAAGUUGAAGAAUACCUCAAAGAGGUCAAUAGAGGAGGCCAUGAGGAUGGAGCCAUCCUUCUGGACGAGCCUGACAUUAACCUGGGCGACCUUCCAUUUUCCGCUGAUAAUAUCAGCCAGGCCAACACUUCUAGCACCGCAUCAGAUCCAAAUUUGUCCUUUGACAUACCAACCUUUGCUGGCCAAGAGGAUGGUACUGGCUCCUUUAUGAAUGGCCAGUUAAUGGGGCUAGGCAUGUCUGAGACACUGCCUCCCUUCGAAGUGAUUGAGGAAUUGCACAACGUCUACUUCUCGACACAUUAUCACUAUCUUCCCAUUAUUCACUCUGGCCGCUACUAUCAGUCAUUUUAUGGACCGCCAACGAGAAAACCACCAAUGUGCUUGCAGUACGGAAUAUGGGCAUACUCUGCCAGCGGACAUGCCAAGUACGAUCAAUAUGCCGAAGCUUUCUAUAAAAGAGCACGGCAGUACAUAGAAGCGGAUGAGAUGAGAAGCGACGGUGAACACUUUGUUACAGUAAAUCACGCUCAAGCAUGGGCUAUCAUUGCCAGCUAUGAGGCUAAAACGAUGUUGUUCACAAGGGCAUCCAUGAGUGCCUCUCGCUAUGUUCGACUUGUCCAGAUGCUCGGGUUGGAUAGGCUUGAUAGAGAAGGAGACGACAUUCCCCCUACGCUCGGCCCGAUUACCAACUGGACGGAGCUCGAAGAGCGAAGGAGAGUUUUUUGGGGUGCAUUUGCGAUUGAUGCACAUGCAAGCAUGGCAACGGGCUGGGCAAAUAUGAUCAAGUCUGAAGAUGUCAUGACGCGCCUUCCAGCCUCCGAAGAAGCAUUUGUGUCAGGGAAUGAAGAGAAAACAGUUUUUUUGGAAGAAGUAUUUACAGGAGCGCCCUUUGAGAGCUUUUCUGGCGCCAUUGUCAUCUCUGAGGUCUUCAAGAUUAUAUUGCGACAUGUGCACGGAGCCAAACCUUCUGAUCACGCCGAUGAUCUGUUAAACGGCCAGUAUUGGAAGCGCCACCGCGAUCUCGACAACAAGCUAUCAAGUCUUUUCAUGUUUCUACCCGAGAAAUUUCGCCUGCCUCAAAGAAUUGGAGACCCGGCUGCGGUGCAUGCAAAUCUGAAUUUGCACGCUUCCGUCAUCUGCCUACAUCAUGCUGCCAUCGAGACCGCGGAGAAGUAUGGCUUCAACGAAAACAUCAAACAGAGCAGUCUAUGCAGGCUAAGGGCUGCCGCCGAAGAGAUUGUCAACAUUAUCAAAAUGACUUCUCACCACACCUCAUUUUUCAAAACUCAGCUUUGUGCGCUCUCCUUGUAUUGCGCUACGACUGUAUACGUUUAUUUGGCCAAGGAUGACCCUGUGGCUGGCGUGACUCCCAUCGACAUUUCCAACCUGGAAAUCAUUAUCAACGCAAUGGAGGCCAUAGGUCGCGUUCACAUGGUAACAACUGCCUUCCUACAGCAAGCGUGUCUUGAUAUCGAGCGAAAUGGCUUGACGUCAAGUCUCAAAUUGCCAUCUCUAUCAAAAUACCGGGAUCUUUUCGGCGGCCCGGCGUCCAGUAUCCCCCUACUAGCUCGAAGCUCGAUUUCGAAGCAUACUGAAAUGUCACCCCCGUUGCCCGGAAGGCUGCCUCUUGGUAUGCCCAAAGGAAAUAGGCGGCCGCCUGGUUUGAAAAUGAGCAAGCCACUUGGCUCUCUAACAGGUGUCCAGCCAGAGAUGCAUCACACAACAGACUGCUUCAAUGCUAUCCUCGGCGCCGUUACCAGAAACGUGGCGCCAAAGCAAUCCGCUCCUGUAAGCAACAAGCGGAGGCGUGUAGCUGUAAGCCCUGGGCCCGAGUCGGUCAUGGCUGGUAACUCGAAGGAAUCUGGGACAUCGGCAGCUAGCAACUUCCGCUACAACAUUAUUGGGGGACGUGCAGAUACCUUGUGGCCUCAGGAGGCUAUGGGGUUGAAUAUCCAAGGCGCUGUUGACCCGAUCUUUGCACUUCCGGACCGUACCACGUCAUCAGAGUCAUCACCAGCACAACGCGGAACAGAGCCCAUUUCAGGUAGCAGCAAUACGUCACCCGGCCUUGGCCUUGGAAACACACCCGAAGAAAAUCGUGUAGAUCUUCGGCAAUUCCAAGGCCGCAUUGCAACGCCAAUUUGGCAGAGUACGGAAGAGGGACUUUUCAACCACAUUACAGAAACAAUUGCUCAAUUCUCAGGAGAUGGCGACGAUCCCUGGGCGAUAUUAAACGGAGAAAGUAGUUGGAAUGGUGGCACCUCAACAUUGUGA